GACUGGAUAAGGCAGAGAAGUAAACACAAACAGGAAUCAUAAUUCAGAGCAGAGCGCGCCAUGGAAGAGAAGCUCUCAUCCGUGGCGAAGAACUUUACCCCUUCUCCCAUACAAGAACUCUCUCAUCUGGCUCAGAGAUGUAACGCCAUCAACCUCGCCGAGGGAUUCCCGGACUUCCCCGCUCCUCUCCGAAUCAAAAACGCUGCUCUUUUGGCUGUCGAAUAUAAUCCUUCAUAUCACCCGCGCCUCACCUUUCUUCCCCAUUUCUGGUUUUCCUCUGCGGCCGGUAGAUCUGGUUUCUUCUCCGGCGAAGCUUGCUGUCGCUGUUCUUCCGUAGCGCCCCCUGUUGUCCGCUCCGCGCCGGUGCCGGUGAGUUCGCCCUUCUCUCGGUCAAUUGAUUGAUUUAUUUUUGCAUGUAUUUUCCUUGCAUUGGUUCGGCCUCUCCAGCUAGCGUCGACGACGUCGAUCGGCAGCUUGCAUUUUGGUUCAGCCUUACAUUUUGGUUUAGCCUCCAGCGUCUCUAAGCAACCACACCACGUGGAGGAGGUUUGCUGGAAGUUGCAGCGA